GGUCUUAUGGAAGAAAAUAAAGUACAAUUUACUGUAAUUAAUCCAAAAGCUAUAACAAUGGGACAACUCUAUGGUCAAUUCGAUCCUGUAUCACAUGAAUGGUCAGAUGGUAUAUUAGCUGUUUCAUACAGAGCAUUUGCCACAUCUACAACACCAGAUCGUAAAUGGUUAAUAUUUGAUGGACCAGUAGAUGCUGUAUGGAUAGAGAAUAUGAAUACUGUAUUAGAUGAUAAUAAGAAAUUAUGUUUAAUGUCAGGUGAAAUUAUUCAGUUAGCACCGACAACUAAUUUAAUCUUUGAACCAAUGGAUUUAGAAGCUGCAUCACCGGCUACUGUAUCUCGUUGUGGUAUGAUUUAUUUAGAACCGGCAAGUUUAGGUUGGCGACCAUUGUUACGUAGUUGGAUGAAUAAAUUGCCUAGCUAUAUUCAACAAUUACAUAAAAAUAUUUGGAUUGAUAUGUUUGAACGAUUUGUUGAUGCUGGUAUUGCAUUAAUUCGAAAAGGAGGUGUUAAAGAAUUAUCACCAACUAGUGAUAUAAACUUAGUGAAAUCCUUAAUGAAUUUAAUCGAUUGUCAAAUAGCCGAAUUUAAAACAGACAAUAAUUUUGCACAAUUAAGUGAUCAUGCUUCAGGUGCAAUUGUUGAA